AUGAGCUCCAAGUCCAGCACAGUAGCUUCAUUUGUCGAGGCAGCACCCCCGGGAGAGCUCUCGAAUGUUGUCGCAGACAUCAAAGCAUUGUCCCCGAAUGAGGUCUCGUCGUUAGGCCCAGCAUUCCAGAAGUACAACGAAGAGCAAUAUGCUACGAUCAAGAUCCCUGGCAGUAGCGAGGCGACCGCUUCAGGAGCGCAAUCGCAUCCACUAGAAUCACCACACGCCGACACCAUCAAAUCACUACAGAAAUCCUUCUCUGCAGCAGCAUCCGAGCACUUCCCGUCCUCCACAAUCGGCAUAUACCCCAACGACUCCAACUCAAGCAUCGCCAUCCUCCUCGUAGCGAACAAAUACUCACCUCAGAACUUCUGGAACGGCCGAUGGCGCUCUACAUACCACCUCACUCCCUCCAACAACAGCGUCACUGGCUCAAUCAAGGUGGACGUGCACUACUACGAAGACGGUAACGUGAGGAUGAGCACAAGCCGAAAGGUUGAGCUCAGCAGCAGUAGCGCGGAUGGAAUAGUAAGGGAGAUUGCAAAGGCGGAGAAUAAGUUCCAGGAGGAGCUGAACAGGGCGUUCACGACAUUAGCAGAGGGCAGCUUCAAGGGUUUGAGAAGGCAGCUGCCGGUGACACGACAAAAAGUGGAAUGGGAGAAGAUUGGUGGGUAUAGAUUAGGACAGGAUAUCGGUGGUGGGCGCUCGAAGUGA